AUGGCUAUCUUCAAGUCGCAGCUUUGCGUGGCUCUUGCCGGAGUCACAGCUGUAGCCCUCGCAGACCCUGCUCCCACGCCCUCUACACAGCUUGUAGCAUUCGCUCCUCAGCCCCAGAUAACCCCUCCAUCCCGCGUCCAGCGUCAUCCUACGCAGACGUACAAGCACCGAAGAGACCUCUUCGAUUCGCUUGGCAGCGGCGUCAACUCCGUGCUCAGCCAGUUGGGAAACAUACCAUCAUACGUGGCUUCUGGCGUCCCAAACUUCUUCCAAGACUUCCCAACUGGCGAUGCGGUGCAGAGCUCCCUCGGCCUGGACGAUCAACAAGUGGCCGCUCUGCCUACGAAUGUCCUCAAUCUGUCCCCAUACGGCAACUGGACAGACCAGGGCUGGAAUGUUCGCUUCCACGGCAAUGUCUACAAGCAGCCCAACAUCCCUCAGGAUAGACUGAACGAUCUUGCCAAUAUCUUCCUCAUCGACGUCGACAUCGAGACUUUACCACCAGAGCAGCAGGACCAAGCUCGGAACAUGACCGCCUCAAUCUUCGUCAUACAGCAGGAAGACCAGAAUGUCACCGUACAUCUCGAGCCGGCGCCGAUGGCAGGGAGCAGUGGAGAGCCAGGUGGUGGCGGCGCCGUGACUCCAGGUGGAGGAAGCCAGGAUUUGGCCUUGCCUUAUCCGACUACCGAACAAGGCGACUUUGAUGUCUUCUUGCCCAUCGCCAAUACCUCCGGUCCAAACGGCUACCUCAUGGCUGGCAAUGCUACCAAUGAUAUCCAGCGGCUAAACGUGUACGCAAACGGGACGAACACCGGAAACGCAACGGCCUACCUUGUCCCACCAACCGGCUUGACCAUCAUCUCCGACGUGGACGACAUUCUCCGCGUGACCAAGAUCUACGAUCCCGCGGAGGGGCUCCUGAACAGCUUCGCCAGACCCUUCGUCCCAUGGAUGAACAUGCCCGAGAUCUACGCCAACUGGAGCCGUAGCAUCCCCGACUUCCACUUCCACUACCUCACCACGACGCCCGAGCAAGUGACCCGUAACUACAUGGACUUCAUAUUCAAGACCUACCCAGGCGGAUCCUUCGACACGCGGCCGCUGAACUUCUCCGACGUCAGCGCCACACUGAGCAUCCGUGCUUUCCUGCUCAACAAGAUCUUCGACACGUUCCCGCAGCGGAAGUUCAUCCUCGUGGCGGACACGAGCAACUCGGACGUCAUGAGGGCGUAUCCGCAGCUAGCGGUCGACCGGCCGAACCAGGUCCAGUGCAUCUUUCUGAGGAAUACGUCUGCCACGGACGCGGACAACUACUUCCCGUACGACACGAGUGGGUUUGAGAAUCUUAACCAGCGGAUGUACAUGUUCUUCAACGUGCCGGACGACUUGAGGGGGCUGGAUAUUGCCAAUGGGCAGUGCUAUAACCAAAGUGUCCCUCAGAACGUCACGUUUGGGUAG